GCCGGGUCUGCCCAGAAGAGUCGCCGGUGGCCGCGGCAGACGGAAGCCGAGGGAGCAACUUGGCGGCGGCAGGAUGGGGGACUCCAAAGUGAAAGUGGCGGUGCGGAUCCGACCCAUGAACCGGCGAGAGAUUGACUUGCAUACCAAAUGUGUGGUGGAUGUGGAUGCAAACAAGGUUAUUCUUAAUCCUGUAAAUACGAAUCUUUCUAAAGGAGAUGCCCGGGGCCAGCCAAAGGCUUUUGCUUAUGAUCAUUGUUUCUGGUCUAUGGAUGAAUCUGUCAAAGAAAAGUAUGCAGGUCAAGAUACUGUUUUCAAGUGCCUUGGGGAAAAUAUCCUGCAGAAUGCUUUUGAUGGCUACAAUGCAUGUAUCUUUGCCUAUGGACAGACUGGAUCUGGAAAAUCUUAUACCAUGAUGGGCACAGCUGACCAACCGGGAUUAAUCCCAAGACUUUGCAGUGGACUCUUUGAACGAACUCAGAAAGAGGAAAAUGAAGAGCAGAGUUUUAAAGUAGAAGUGUCCUACAUGGAAAUUUAUAAUGAAAAAGUUCGAGACCUCCUUGAUCCCAAAGGAAGCCGUCAGACGUUGAAAGUCAGAGAGCAUAGUGUAUUGGGACCUUAUGUGGAUGGACUUUCUAAACUGGCUGUCACAAGCUACAAGGAUAUUGAGUCGUUGAUGUCUGAGGGUAACAAAUCUCGCACUGUCGCUGCAACCAACAUGAACGAGGAGAGUAGCCGAUCCCAUGCAGUUUUCAAAAUCACCCUCACACACACACUCUACGAUGUGAAGUCUGGGACAUCUGGAGAGAAAGUGAGCAAACUCAGCCUGGUGGAUUUAGCUGGCAGUGAACGAGCAACGAAGACCGGUGCUGCAGGGGACAGGCUGAAGGAAGGGAGCAACAUAAACAAGUCCCUCACCACCCUCGGCCUGGUUAUCUCAGCCCUUGCAGAUCAGAGUGCUGGCAAAAACAAGAAUAAAUUCGUUCCGUAUCGUGACUCAGUUCUCACUUGGCUGCUCAAAGACAGCCUUGGAGGUAACAGCAAGACGGCCAUGGUGGCUACUGUGAGUCCUGCAGCAGAUAACUAUGAUGAAACGCUCUCAACGCUGAGGUAUGCAGAUCGAGCCAAGCACAUCGUUAACCACGCUGUGGUGAAUGAGGACCCUAAUGCCCGAAUUAUCCGGGAUCUCCGGGAAGAAGUUGAGAAACUCCGAGAGCAGCUGACCAAAGCAGAGGCAAUGAAAUCUCCAGAGCUAAAGGACCGGCUGGAAGAAUCUGAGAAGCUAAUCCAGGAAAUGACUGUGACCUGGGAGGAGAAAUUAAGGAAAACGGAGGAGAUUGCACAGGAACGACAGAAGCAGCUUGAGAGUCUCGGAAUAUCUCUUCAGUCUUCGGGCAUCAAAGUUGGGGAUGAUAAAUGCUUCCUUGUUAAUCUGAAUGCUGACCCAGCUCUGAACGAGCUUCUGGUGUACUAUUUAAAGGAACAUACAUUGAUAGGGUCAGCAAAUUCCCAAGAUAUCCAGCUGUGCGGCAUGGGAAUUCUUCCUGAACACUGCAUCAUAGACAUCACGUCAGAAGGCCAGGUUAUGCUGACUCCUCAGAAGAACACCAGAACAUUUGUAAAUGGGUCGUCUGUCUCCAGUCCAAUACAGCUACACCAUGGGGACCGGAUAUUAUGGGGAAACAACCAUUUCUUCAGACUCAAUUUGCCUAAAAAGAAAAAGAAAGCAGAACGAGAGGACGAGGACCAGGACCCCUGCAUGAAAAACGAUAACAGUUCUGAGCAGCUGGAUGUAGAUGGCGACUCCUCCAGCGAAGUGUCCAGUGAAAUUAACUUCAAUUACGAAUAUGCACAGAUGGAGGUCACCAUGAAGGCCCUGGGCAGCAAUGAUCCAAUGCAGUCCAUAUUAAACAGCCUAGAACAACAGCAUGAAGAAGAAAAACGAUCCGCCCUGGAGCGCCAGAGGCUUAUGUAUGAGCACGAAUUGGAGCAGCUCCGGAGAAGACUGUCUCCCGAGAAGCAGAACUCCCGGAGCAUGGACAGGUUUUCUUUCCACUCGCCCAGUGCUCAGCAACGCUUAAGACAGUGGGCCGAAGAGAGAGAAGCAACGUUGAAUAACAGCCUGAUGAGGCUGAGGGAACAAAUUGUGAAGGCCAAUCUAUUGGUGAGAGAAGCUAAUUACAUUGCUGAGGAGCUGGAUAAAAGGACAGAAUAUAAAGUUACGCUACAGAUUCCAGCCUCCAGCCUCGACGCCAACCGGAAGCGAGGCUCUCUUCUUAGUGAGCCUGCAAUCCAGGUGAGAAGAAAAGGAAAAGGAAAGCAGAUUUGGUCUUUGGAAAAACUUGACAACAGGCUGUUGGAUAUGAGAGACCUUUAUCAGGAGUGGAAAGAGUGCGAAGAAGAUAACCCAGUAAUACGAUCGUACUUCAAACGUGCUGAUCCAUUCUAUGAUGAGCAGGAAAAUCACAGUCUCAUUGGGGUGGCCAACGUCUUCCUCGAGUCCCUUUUCUAUGACGCAAAGUUACAGUACGCUGUUCCCAUCAUCAACCAGAAGGGAGAGGUGGCAGGUCGGCUGCACGUGGAGGUGAUGCGCAUCAGCGGGGAUGUUGGGGAAAGGAUUGCAGGAGGCGACGAGGCUGCUGAGGUCUCCGUUGAGAAAGAGACCCAGGAAAACAAACUGGUGUGCAUGGUUAAAAUCCUCCAAGCUACUGGGUUGCCACAGCAUCUGUCCCACUUUGUGUUCUGCAAAUACAGCUUCUGGGAUCAACAGGAGCCGGUGAUUGUCGCUCCUGAAGUGGACACCUCCUCUCCCAUCAGCAAGGAGCCGCACUGCAUGGUUGUCUUCGAUCACUGCAAUGAGUUUUCUGUUAACAUCACUGAAGACUUUAUCGAGCAUCUUUCUGAAGGAGCAUUAGCAAUUGAAGUAUAUGGACAUAAAAUGAACGAUCCUCGGAAAAACCCAGCCCUAUGGGAUUUGGGAAUCAUCCAAGCAAAGACACGUAGUCUUCGGGACAGAUGGAGUGAAGUGACCAGGAAAUUGGAAUUCUGGGUUCAAAUCUUGGAACAGAAUGAGAAUGGUGAAUACUGCCCCGUAGAAGUGAUUUCUGCAAAGGAUGUCCCCACAGGAGGAAUUUUCCAGCUCCGGCAGGGGCAGUCCAGGCGAGUUCAAGUGGAAGUGAAGUCGGUACAGGAAUCUGGGACUUUACCCCUGAUGGAAGAAUGUGUAUUGUCUGUUGGCAUUGGGUGUGUCAAAGUUAGACCGGUCAGAGCCCCCAAAACUCACGAGACCUUCCAUGAGGAAGAGGAGGACAUGGACAGCUACCAGGAUCGGGAUUUAGAGAGACUUCGUAGAAAAUGGCUGAAUGCGUUAACAAAACGUCAGGAGUACUUGGAUCAACAACUGCAAAAGCUUGUCAGUAAACAGGAUAAAACAGAGGAUGAUGCUGACCGUGAGGCGCAGCUCCUGGAGAUGCGGCUGACCCUCACUGAGGAGCGGAACGCCGUGAUGGUCCCCUCUGCUGGCAGUGGCAUUCCAGGGGCCCCAGCAGAAUGGACCCCAGUGCCUGGGAUGGAGACACAUAUCCCUGUUAUCUUCCUGGACUUAAAUGCUGAUGAUUUCAGCUCUCAGGAUAAUCUUGAUGACCCAGAAGCUGGUGGAUGGGAUGCGACCUUGACUGGGGAAGAAGAAGAGGAGUUCUUUGAACUGCAGAUAGUGAAGCAGCAUGAUGGGGAGGCAAAAGCAGAAGCCUCCUGGGACUCCGCGGUACAUGGCUGCCCUCAGCUCAGCAAGGGCACACCCGCGGACGAACGGCUGUUUCUGAUCGUGCGCGUGACAGUCCAGCUCAUUCACCCCGCCGACAUGCAACUGGUGUUACGCAAGAGAAUCUGUGUCAAUGUUCACGGCCGGCAGGGUUUUGCACAGAGUCUCCUAAAAAAGAUGUCUCAUCGAAGUUCUAUUCCUGGCUGUGGAGUGACUUUUGAAAUUGUCUCCAAUAUCCCAGAGGACGCCCAGGGAGUGGAGGAACGAGAAGCAUUAGCACGAAUGGCAGCCAAUGUUGAAAACCCAGCUUCUGCUGACUCAGAGGCUUAUAUUGAAAAGUACCUGAGGAGCGUGCUGGCGGUGGAAAACCUCCUGACUUUAGAUCGCCUGCGCCAGGAAGUUGCGGUGAAGGAACAGCUAACAGGAAAAGGGAAGCUGAGCAGGAGGAGUAUCAGCUCUCCAAAUGUGAACAGAUUGUCUGGAAGCCGACAAGAUCUCAUUCCAUCAUACAGUCUAGGCAGCAACAAGGGCCGGUGGGAAAGUCAGCAGGAUGUAUCCCAAAGCGCAGUUUCCAGGGGAACAGCUCCCAUCACCCCCGUCCUCUCUGUUUCUCCCCAAAAUAACCAUUCUCGGGAUCCAGGACUCGGUAACCUCGCUGCGUCCUACUUGAAUCCCGUCAAGUCCUUCGUGCCACAGAUGCCAAAGCUCCUCAAGUCUCUCUUUCCCGUCCGCGAUGAGAAGAGGGGCAAGCGGCCGUCUCCCCUCACACACCAGCCCGUGCCCCGCAUCAUGGUGCAGUUGGCCGGCCCAGACGUCGGGGUGACCAGGAUGGAGGAGGCUCGGCCGGAGACAGGUCCUGACGUGCUGGUGCAGACGAUGGGGGCCCCGGCCUUGAAGACUGGCGGCAAGCCCGCCAAAGCGCCUUCCCCGCCACCUGUCCCAGUGGUCACAGCGGCCACCCCGGCCCCCGAAGCGCAGGAUGGGCCCCCCAGCCCCCUGAGCGAGGCCUCCAGCGGGUACUUCUCCCACAGCGUCUCCACCGCGACCCUGUCGGACGCCCUGGGCCCCAGCCUGGACGCUGCAGCCCCGCCCGGCCCCACGCCAGCCGCCCCUGAGGCCGAGGCCGAGCCCGAGACGCCCAUCCGCCGCCCCCCGCCGCCCACGGCCGCCCCCGCCGAGGAGCCCCCUGGCCCCCAGCAGCUCGCGAGCCCCUGCCAGGAGCGCCCCGACCUGGAGGCCCCGGCGCCCGGCUCCCCAUUCCGUGUCCGGAGGGUGCGGGCCUCGGAGCUGCGCUCCUUCUCGCGCAUGCUGGGCGGGGAUCCCAGCUGCUCCCCGGGGGCCGAGGGGGAUGCGCCGGCUCCGGGCACUGGGGGACAGGCUCCGGCGUCCGAUUCCGAGGAAGCCGACGGGGUUCCGGAGUGGCUCCGAGAGGGCGAGUUCGUCACCGUGGGCGCCCACAAAACGGGCGUCGUGAGAUAUGUGGGUCCCGUCGACUUCCAGGAGGGCACGUGGGUCGGCGUGGAGCUGGACCUGCCUUCAGGUAAGAAUGACGGCUCCAUUGGCGGGAAGCAGUACUUCAGGUGUAACCCUGGCUACGGGCUGCUGGUCAGGCCCAGCCGGGUCCGCAGGGCCACAGGCCCCAUGCGGCGGCGCAGCACGGGGCUCCGACUGGGCGCCCCCGAGGCCCGCCGGAGCGCCACCCUCUCGGGCUCUGCCACCAACCUGGCCUCGCUGACAGCCGCCCUGGCCAAGGCCGACAGAAGCCACAAGAACCCUGAGAAUCGCAAAUCCUGGGCCAGCUGAGCCGCCACCUCAGGGUGAACUCUUCUUGGGGUGCCAGGCCCCUCUGAGUCUGCCGGCAACAGCCUGGGGAACUGGGAGCCCUGUGGCCCCCCCAGAGGCAGGGCAGUGAAUGCUUUUUGCACGACGCAGGGCUGGUGACCUCCCUGGGCCUCUGGAAGCUUCGUUUCUUCUCUACCUGGGGCAAGAGGUGGCCUCAGCUGUGCCUCCUCAGGUGAAGGUUCUGGGUGUCUGCAGGGGCUGGGGGAUGUGGGGAUCGAGGCCCUGGGUGGCACAGCGCCCAGCCAUCUCGCUGUGUGCCUGUGCCUGGGGCCUUAUGUUGCUCUGUCAUUUUCAUUCUGGUGGCCCCACUAGUGUCUUAACGUAAACCAGAAUUCUAACCAGUGCCUUUCCUUUACCCACCCAGGAUGUCCCGGCUCACUCCUCAAGCUCCCCAGCCUCCCACCCUGGUCCCAGCUUCUCCAAGUGCCUCUGGAGGGCCUUGGGCUCUGCCACAUGGCCCUGGUGCCCCAGGUGGGGCCGAGGGCCUGAGCCCCCUCCUACCCCUCCUCGGCCAGGGUUUCUUCGCGGUUUCUUGGUGGGUGUCUUGGUGUUUUUACAGCUGCAAAGUCCCUUACGUUUGCCGUUUAUUCCCUUCACAGAAGGCUUGGAAUGUAUUUAUUUAUAUUUAUUUUUUCAAAAUCCGUAAUUAUUUGCGAGGCGCAA